CAACUGCAAUUUUUUACCUGCUUGUCAAAAUAUAACGUCUGGCCUUCCAACCCAGGUUCAAACGUAAUCCAUAUCAAGAAAGCCAAUUAUGGCCGGACAGAUGAAACUACCUGCUCUUCUGGGCGACCUGCACAUCAGCUCAGCAAUACCAACUGCUAUGCUCCCACAACACUCCCUAUAAUAAGUGAAAGAUGUGAAGGAAGAACGACAUGCCUUCUGCAGGCCUCAAACAGCAUCUUCUCUGAUCCGUGUUUUGGCACCUACAAGUACCUUGACAUCUCCUACAGCUGUGUUCCUCCAAGUAAAGAACCGGAGCAUCUCAUCACCACAAUCUUACACUACACUCCAAACACGUUCAGUCUAACUUUAAUUUUAACAAUUCUAUAAGACGUUAAAAUCUUCUAGGCAAAAUCAACUUUUAUUUCUUUCCAACAGCGUCCAGCCAGACAUGUGAAGCGCAUCAAAGAAAACUGGAAUGUGGUGUGUAUUCCCUCAAGUCUUUUAUUAGAUCACAUUCCUUAUAUGCUGAGCGUUCACACUGACCUAUAAAGCUUGACAGUGACUAACCCUAACCUGUGGAAUUAAGGCCGCUAUCAGUAAAUGUCCUUAUAGUCGACAAAUGAACUGUUAUCUUUUCCUUCUGUUACUAAUUAUGAUGUCUUCCUCUUCAGGUUCCAAUGUAAUCUGUAUCCACACUGCCAGUUACGGGCGGAGAGAUAAAACCACCUGCUCUUCUGGACGCCGUGCGAAUCAACUCAGCAAGACCGACUGCUCUGCAUCUACAACGCUCCCUAUAGUAAAGAAGAGGUGAGUUAACGCUCCCUAUAGUA